CAAAAGUCAUAUGAAAGAGUAGUUGUCUCGAACCGGAAUCUCGAAAAUCCAUAAUCAUCCGUUAAGUUACGCCUAGUUGAGAGUGAAUUUUUGACGAAAGUGAUAAAAUGACGAUUCAAGCUUCGAUGGGUGACGGAAAUAAAGUAAAAGGAUUGGUCUACAAAGACAAAAGUAAACCGACUGAUGUCCGCCACAGUAACAUCAAUGCCGCUAAAGCUGUGUGCGAUGCGAUUCGUACGAGUUUGGGGCCCAGGGGCAUGGACAAGAUGAUCCAAGCUGGCAAUGGAGAAGUCACGAUUACCAACGAUGGGGCGACUAUUCUCAAACAAAUGAAUGUGGUGCACCCAGCAGCAAAAAUGUUGGUGGAGUUGUCGCGGGCGCAGGAUGUGGAAGCCGGUGAUGGUACCACCACCGUGGUGGUAGUAGCCGGGGCUUUGUUGGACGCCGCAGAAAAACUUCUGUCGCGCGGAAUUCACCCAACCGCUGUUUCCGAGUCUUUCCAGAGAGCCGCAAGUCACGCUGUCGAGAUUUUGACGGGAAUCGCCACUCCCAUCCAGUUGGACAACCGCGAACAGUUGGUCAAGAGCGCUUCCACUUCCCUAAACUCGAAAGUCGUUUCUCAACACUCUAGUUCUUUGGCGCCGCUAGCCGUCGACGCCGUGCUCAAAGUGGUGGAGCCCGGCCGCGAGCAAGUCGUUUCUUUGUCAGACAUCAAAGUAAUCAAGCAGCUGGGGGGCACCGUCGAAGACACGGAGCUCAUCGACGGCCUCGUUUUCCCCCAGAGAGUCGCCAACGUCAACGGCCCCAAACGCAUCGAAAAAGCCAAGAUCGGUUUCAUCCAGUUCUGUAUCUCCCCCCCGAAAACCGACAUGGACCACAACGUCGUAGUGUCCGACUACGCCGCCAUGGACCGCGUGCUCAAAGAAGAACGCACCUACAUCCUCAACAUCGUCAAACAAAUCAAGAAGGCCGGAUGCAAUGUCCUUCUGAUCCAGAAAUCCAUCCUGCGUGACGCCGUCUCCGACCUGGCGCUCCACUUCCUCGACAAAAUCAAGUGCAUGGUCAUCAAGGACGUCGAACGCGAGGACGUCGAAUUCGUGUGCAAAUCGCUAGGUUGUCGCCCCAUCGCCUCGUUGGACCACUUCACCGCAGAGAAUCUCGUCACAGCCGAACUGGUCGAAGAAGUGGGAGUCGGAGGCAACCGCAUGGUGAAGAUCACGGGUGCCCAAAACGCCGGCAAAACGGUCACUUUGUUGGUCCGGGGCUCGAAUAAACUGGUGCUGGCGGAGGCGGACAGGUCGCUGCACGACGCUCUGUGCGUCAUCCGCUGCCUGGUCAGGAAGCGGGCGGUCAUCGCCGGGGGCGGCGCCCCCGAGAUCGAGCUGGCCUUGAAGUUGGCGGCGCGCGCGGACACGAUGGAGGGCAUCGAUGCCAUUUGUCUGAGGGCGUACGCCAACGCUCUGGAGAUCAUUCCGUUCACGUUGGCCGAAAACGCCGGGCUUAAUCCGAUCCAGACGGUCACGGAGCUCAGAAAUCGGCACGCUAAAGGCGAGACCUCAGCCGGCAUCAACGUGCGCAAAGGCACCAUUUCAGACAUUUUGGAGGAAAAUGUGGUUCAACCGCUUCUGGUUACCGUUAGCGCAAUUAGUUUCGCUACAGAAACAGUGAGGUCGAUACUGAAAAUUGAUGAUAUCGUCAACACGAUGACAUAGACUCCAGUCACCAGUAACUUAUUAAUUUUUCUAAUUGUGCACGUCGCUGUUACUAGUAUUAAAUAAAUAACCGGCUUAGAA